UUACCCGGAGAGGGCACGAGUUUCACCUGCAUUUGCCGGUAACCGGUAGAACGUUUAGCAGCCCAGCCUCCUCUGAACUGGAGCUGGCCGUCGUCGUCCCAAGGGUUUUAGCUUCCGCCGCCGCGACGGUCGCGAGGUUCUCUCUCUCUCUCUCUCUGAGGGAAGGCAGAAUGCAGCGGUCGUUGUCGUCGCUGGUCCGGCCAGCGCGAGGGUUUUCCACCAAGGCUGAGAAGAUCGUCGCGUCUGUACUGUUCGAGAGAUUGCCCGUCGUCAUCCCUAAAAUCGAUCCUGUGGUCUACGCAUUUCAGGAGUUCUCAUUUCGUUGGCGUCAGCAGUAUCGGAGGAGAUAUCCAGAUGAGUUUCUAGACAAGUCUAAUGCAAGGGGAAAAGGUGAUUACCAGAUUGACUAUGUACCAGCUCCUCGGAUCACUGAAGCUGACAAAACAAAUGACAGAAAGUCUUUACAAAGAGGGUUGGACAGAAGAUUGUAUCUUCUUCUUUAUGGUAAUGCGUACGGUUCUCCAGCUGCUAAUCCUGCCUGGCAUUUUCCUGAAAAGGUUUAUGAAUCUGAGGAGACAUUGCGAAAGUGUGCAGAGUCAGCACUGGAAUCUGUCUUAGGAGAUCUCUCACAUACAUAUUUUGUUGGAAAUGCUCCUAUGGGUCAUACAGUCAUGCAACAAACAGAAGAUUCUGUGGAAGUGCCAUCUUUUAAGCGAUUCUUCUUUAAGUCUCAAGUUAUUGCGACAAACAAGUUUAACAUUCGAAAGUGCAAGGAUUUUGUUUGGGUCACCAAGGAUGAAUUGCUGGAGUAUUUCCCUGAUCAAGCCAAAUUCCUCAAUAAGAUGAUCAUUAGCUGAUUCUGUUCUGUACUCUCAUGGUUGAGCAAAAUCCCUUUCAGGAGUAUCUUUAUCUUAGCCUGCCAUAGUUUUUGUUUUAGCUGGUGGACUCAUGGUGUGAGAAAAUAGAAUAUUUGGCUGCGGCGGUGGAUUUUUGCUAGACAUUUAGGAUUUUGUUAGGUUUCCUGUUCACAUUUUGUAACCUUUCGAUCUAUUUAUAGGGAGUAAGUACUCGUAAAAAAGAUGAGACAUAGCUAAUGCUGUUUAAUCUGAGUUGAGCCUUGAUCUGCAAAUAAAAGCUUCAAAGAUUUGUUGUUCUCUA